AUGCCACGAUCUCGGUCGGACUCCAUGGAUGGGGUUGUGUUCUUCGCUGGAAGGUUCAGUGGACUGCGGCUUGAUGAUAACCAGCAAGAAUAUCACCACUGCCGGCCCAAUCAUACGCCGUCCACCUCCAGCUACACAUCUCGUGGCACGUACUCAUCUCGCGCCUCGAACUACUCAGCCUGUGCUGGCCCAGAUGCCAUCGACCGCAACCGCACCUCCAUUGUUGUGCAGGCAGUCCUCCCGCCACCUUACCGUGAGCCUCAACACACCAGCACUCACAUUACACUUGAUGUUCCCGCCGGCAUGAGCGUGACCUACCGCAGACAGACCUUCACUGCAGACCAGACCAUCGUUGUCACCAACAACUCGCGUCGGACUGUUAGCGGGCGAGAAGAACGCCGCCGUGCUGUUGCCACGCCGCCGCCGCCGCCGCCUCAAACCAUCAUCUGUCAGCAUCGCCUGUCACUCCACGACAGUCAAAGCAGGAGGGGCAGUCCCCGCAAUCAAGACUCUGCAAAGAAGCAGAAGUAUGUCCGCAGGGUCAGUGUGUUGAAGUCCGUGAUCUGA